AUGGCAGCAGCGGCCAGUGACUUGGCAAGCCCUUCCCAGGCCAUGUGUCCUCCGAGGCACCUAACUUGCCCGCUCUCUGCCUUCCUUCUCUGCAGCGUCCUGAGGCAGAGAGACAAUGUGGACCUGUCCUUCCCGAGACACCCGGAGACAGCCCCGCUCUUUAAUGGUACAAAGAAGGGCACGUUGUAUCUCACUUCACACCGGGUAAUUUUCGUGACUUCCCACUCCAUCACGGACCCCCUGCAUUCGUUUAUGAUGCCGUUUCAUCUGAUAAGUAACUGCACUUUGGAACAGCCGAUCCUUUCCCCCAACUACAUUCAAGGAGAGAUCCAGGCAGCUCCGGAUGGUGGCUGGGAAGGCAAAGCUACCUUCAAGUUAUCCUUCCCCAGUGGAGGUGCCAUUGAAUUUGCCCAGUGGCUAAUGAAGGCUUCCUCUGCCGCUGCCAGAGGAACCCCACUGAGGAUGGUCCAUUACUGGAUCGGCCAUCCAGGAUUGCCUCCAUAUUCACCCAAUGGGCCCCCACCUCCGCCACAUGGGCCCCCACCUCCGCCACAUGGGCCCCCGCCUCUGCCAUACGGGCCCCCACUUCCGCCAUACGGGCCCCCACCUCCGCCAUACGGGCCCCCACCUCUGCCACAUGGGCCCCCACCUCUGCCACGAGAUGACCCGCCUUCUCGCCAGGGCACCGGGAAUCAGUAA